AGCGCACGUGAGAAAGCACGUCUCAGCGCAUGCGUAAAUAAUAUCGCGUAAUCCACGUCUAAAUGAAAGCUUGUUUAUGUGAAUUGACCGGCAAGUCACUGUCACUUUUCUAAAAUGAGUGCAUGGAUACAAUAUAUCAAAUCUAUUUCGACGCACAUAGACUAUGAUGGUCAAGCGCGAGCAGAAAAAUUAUCAAGAGUCAUCAUAACACUGUUCGGGGUGGUUGGACUAAUUUGGGGAUAUGUUAUUCAGCAAUUUUCACAAACAAUGUACAUAUUAGGAGCGGGAUUUGUACUGGCAGUUUUAAUUACAGUUCCACCGUGGCCUAUGUACCGUCGUAAACCUUUAGACUGGCAGAAACCACAAUCUGAAGUUACAAUUAAGCAAAAAAAGAAGAAAUAAUUUACUGUCAUUUUUAACUAUAUUUUGUUACAAAGUGUUACAUGAUAAUACUUGUUGGUUCAAGGCAAAAAUACAUGUUUCGAACAUCACUUUCCAUUGUAAAACCUGUACUUAUUAAUUUAUGAGAAAGACUAAUAAGAAAAAGUACUAUAUAGCGAAUGUAUCAUGAUUAUAUUAAUAUCCUAAAAGAUUCUUAAUUCAAAUAAAAGAAUGUUACAA